AUAGUAUUAAAGCUAACGGGGUUUGGCCCUACUCUAGGCCCACAUUAAUGCUGGCAUUCCGCUCUUUGGCCAUGUGUUGUUAGUACUUGUUACUAUUCACUACCCACGAAAUAUCAGUAAACGCAAUGGGAAAGUUUCGCAGGAGCUUUCACAAUUUCCUUAACAAAGAUCGGGAAUGGGCUUAUCAGGAAAUCAUAACCGAAGCCGUUGUGGUUCUUUGGUUUGCUGCUCAGCUUUCCGUAAAAUUCGGCUCGCGCAUAUUUGCCGAAUGGCAGACAAGUCGUACCGAUCCGGCUAUAUCGACCCAGCUGGACCGGUUCCUUGGAUGGAUCGGACUGGAAAUGACUGGAUGUGUUUGGAAUGAUGUAGUAUCGUUCUGGAAGGCACCUGACGAAAUUGCCGUUAUACAAUCAGUGGCAACGCUUUUCACGUCGCCCACGGUAGGAACCAUGGGGUACGUCGGUGCCUUCGUGACCGUCUGCACAACGGCCAUUCUUACCAUCUCCGUGGCCGGCUCCUUAUACGUCUACCGUAACUGGCGGUAUCCGCGCUUUCGUCAGCAUCUGCGCAGCUGCAAUAAAAUCACCAGACUGUUCGGCUAUGGAAAAGACGACAACGGGGACUACACCGUCGGCUUAGCCUAUGAAACAGUGUCCUGUGGGCUCUUAGUGAUAGCUGCCACGGGUGUCCAGUUGUGCUGCGCUGCGGUUGUAUGGUUCCUCUUAUGUGCACUGCCGGUUGUGUUGGUAACCGGAGCCGUUAUGGCGGUAGUCAUCAACAUUUACGGACUGAUAGCGCUAUUCCCGUGCUGUGUAAUUUCCGUCUGUUUCCUGGCUGUUUACUGUUCGGGGAGAAUCUAUGGAUUAUGGAUGCAGGAGACGUACUUUAUGCGGAUACAUCGGAAAAUUAAGAAAACGUUUGGGGUGGAUAUGCUGGUGGUUGAGAAAUAUUCCGACAAUAUGAUAGAGUCAACACCGGAAAAAUGUUUCCCGUCCGCCAAAAUAACGCCGGCCGCCAAGAAGUCAAUGCCGUCGUUUGAAUCAGUGUUUCUGAAGGGAUUCUUGUUCUACGCCGUCACUGCGGGUAUAGUAAGUAAUACGGGCCCAAUCUGGGAGGGAUUUCCUAUUAUUCGCUACGGGAUGAACAGCCUGGGCUCGCACUGGAGUAGUGGUUCCGCUGCAUCAUCCGCGUCCCCGGCCUCCAGUAAAACUUACUGGACUGAAAGCAACCGCACUACUCGGUGCAGAACCUACGGAACGAAUCUGGGCGCCCGGAUCGCAAUGCUGUCGUUCUGGGUGGAUCUCGCUUCUGACGAGCUGAAAUCAGCCGACACUUACAAUGCACCAAUUAUUAUCAGCUUUAAUCCCGGCUAUCCGUCCAUUGUUAGUGGAAGUUUUGUGCUGUGGAACGGCCUGGUGUUGGCCGCCGGUUGUUUACCUCUUCUGCUUUUGGUGCUGGCUGAAGCUCUCACUAUUCUACUUGGGAUUUCAUAUAUCGUUUGGCGAAUCCUCGAAUCCAGCUGGGAUGCAUGCCGCAACCGGAAGGACGCAAAAAUCCAAAGAAAGCUCCCUUUUUCGCAUUGUCAACCCAUUAUCAAUUUCCUAAUGGACAUCGCUGACAAAUAUGGAUCGGAGGAUGCCGGCGACGGUGCAGCGUACGAUUUCGACGUCAAUAAAAAACCUUUCACUGACACCAUCGUCCGGUGCACAUCUAACGACCGGUGUUCAUCCAGCCAACCGGCAUUUUGUGUCUGUUCGACAUGGGCGUACACAGUGUAUUGCAUUGUGACGAUGGUACAGGCGUUGCUGGGCUGGAUGCUCUUGCCGUUUCCGGUGCUGGUGUUCGCGUUACCGGAGCGAUUGCAACUUCCUGGCAUUCUUCUGUUCUUUUCGGCUUUGGCAGUGUAUAAGUACCGCCAGUUCAUUCCGAGCGCUCUGAAGGAUUUCAGCACCUGCUUCCGUAACAGGGACAAAAGGACCAAACGGUGCCCAGGCUGAGAUUCAACGCGCCAGCACUACAGAUUUGCGACACCUGGAGGAAUUUAGCUGCUGCUUAGCCCGUUUUACUGAAUGACCAGCGCUACAAGAAACCGUUUAAUGGAUUAUUUGUGCAAUUUGAAAUGUAACUUUAAUUGAAAUUUACGCUUUUAAUUGAAUAGUUGCCCUUGAAAAGCGACAUUUUUCAGUUUGUGUCUAUGUCUUCCGGCACAAAUAUGUCUUUUAUUUGUGUAUGUACCGUGACAGCACCUGGUCACAUUGCGUGGCUGUCGAGUUUUUACCUGCGAGAACAGUUCCGGUAUGCGA